AUGGAUCUACAAGGUUAUGAGAAAGGAGCUAUUCAGUGGGGUUCCCUGAAGGUGGAAAGAUUGCUGUCUUUAGAUCAAGUAGGAGAGGAAAAUACGGAAAACUCUGAGCUUACCAAUGAGGAUACUAGAAAUCAAUCUCGUAAAAGGGAAUUGGUUUUGAGUGAGGACAUGUCCAAUAAAAUAUCGAGAAGUGAUGGAGGAGAAUAA